AUGCAUCUUGAAUCAGACAUCUUUUCCAAAUUUUUGGAAUGUGUUGAAGAUAUCAAACGAGUCCAGAAGAUAAUUAGCCACAUCAGUCAGCAUUUUAAAUUGCACGUGUAUGAAGGCCGUGUGGCCUUUUCUGCCACUCGCCAAACCAACCAUGAACCCACAGAUAUGAGCAAUCGUACCAUGAUCAUCUACUUUGACCAGAUCUUGGUAAAUGUGGGUGGUCAUUUUGACCAAGAAAGCAGUGUCUUCUUAGCUCCAAAGAGAGGGGUGUACAGUUUCAACUUUUAUGUGGUAAAAGCCUACAACAGACAAACUAUACAGGUAAGCCUGAUGCUGAAAGGAUGGCCAACCAUUUCUGCCUUUGCUGGGGACCAGGAUGUAACCCGAGAGGCAGAAACUAAUUCUAUAUUACUUAAAAGAGAUGAUAAGGCCUACUUAAAACUGGAACGAGGCAACCUUAUGGGGGGCUGGAAAUAUUCCACUUUUUCUGGCUUCCUGGUCUUCCCAUUAUAA